CAGGAAGCGUGACCUCAUUCUGCCUCGGUGCCGCUGGUUGCAUGGGCUGUUUUCAAAAGGAAACAGGGGACUUCGUAGACCUGCCUUUCCGAAGACCCAGCGCUAAUCUCUGCCAGGAAGCUGCAGAAGGUGCACCCUCCACUUCACGUCUCAGAGGCUCUCGUCUUGGUGAUGAGAAACUUUUCAGCGUGCAUGUGUUAAUAGUGAAAUGGAUUUCCCAGAUGAUCUAUAUUACCUGUAAUCCCAGGGUGUAUGAAACAGUCCUUUUCAAGAUGUAUGGAACAUCACAUGUUGCAUCGACACCAGGAGCAACUUCUUUUAUGAUCUUUUUGAUAUGCACAAGGUACCUGUCAGUGAAGACUUGUCAACUGUUUGAGCUGUCAGUGGAUAUGAUAAGGACUCCUUCUUACUUGGCUUUUGCCUCUGCAGGUUCAACAGCUUUUAAUGGAGAACACAGAUGCAGCUUCUCACAACGUAUUUUUCCAAGUUAUGCUUGUGCCUUUUUGGACGAUGACCCUGCCUAUGAGUGUUGUUCUGCAAAUCCUCUGACAGGCUCCCUUUCCACAUGUCGCCGCAGCCGGCGACUGCUUUCUAAUGGUUAUUACAUUUUGACAGAAGACAGUUUUCUGUCUGAUGAAGAGGGCAACAUAACACUGACACCAUCCCAGACAAGUGUUACAUAUAAAGAGAAUUUAGUUCGCGUAUUCAGGCGAAGGAAGAAAAUCCGUCGCUCUCUUGCCAGCUUGUUCAAUCUCGGUGCCUCCACUUCAUGGCUCAGCAGCACCGUCCUCAACAAUAUGGAUUCCUCCCACGUAGAUGAUCCUUGGCCUGAUGGAUGCGAUAAACUAGAAGCCAAUCAGAGUGAUAUUGUCACUGAAGAUCUUGUUAGAAGACGUGCAGAACAUAACAACUGUGAAAUUUUUUCACUGGAAGAAAUCUCUUUACAUCAGCAGGAAAUAGAAAAACUAGAGUAUCUUGACAAAUGGUGUCGAGAUUUAAAAAUUCUCUAUCUUCAGAAUAAUCUAAUUCCAAAAAUUGAAAAUGUGGGCAAACUAAAGAAGCUGGAAUAUUUAAAUGUAGCUUUGAACAACAUUGAAAGAAUUGAAAAUCUGGAAGGCUGUGAAGAACUAAAGAAACUUGACCUGACAGCAAAUUUCAUUGGUGAACUCUCCAGUAUUGAAGCCCUAAAAUAUAAUAUACAUCUGAAGGAACUGUUUCUAGUGGGUAACCCAUGUACUGAAUUUGAAGGUUAUAGACAAUUUGUAGUGGCAACUCUUCAUCAAUUAAAAUGUUUGGAUAGUAAAGAAAUAGAACGUUCAGAGAGGAUUCAAGCACUUCAAAACUAUCCAGAAGUGAAACAGAAAAUCAGAGAACAGGAACAAGCUUACCUUCGCAAAAGGGCCGGAGAAAAAGAAGAGGCUCAAAGAAGGAUGCAAGAAAGAAAGGACAAGAAACAAAAACAAAUGGAAUCUAAUAUUGGAUUUGACAGCUCAGACUCCCUACAGAACAAAGAAAACCAUCAGGCAGAAGGAGAUGGAGAACAAGAAACGUGGAGAAGAGUUGAUAAUGAUGAAGAAGACAGAAGAUUUUGGGAGGAGCCUACACCAUAUACUCCAGAAUCGAGAUUAGAAACUCACAGAUAUAUUGAAGAAAAACGGAGAGCUAAAGACAAUAUAAGGGAAUCAAAGAAGAGAGAGAAGCCUCUUCAGACGUUGGUCACUGCAGAAGGAAAAGUUCUGAAUGUGAAUGUGCCUAAGCUUCAUUUCUCUUUGAAAGAUGAUGAAGAAAACAACCAGAUCAUCUUGGAUCUUGCUGUUUACAGACAUUUGGAUACUUCUCUGCUCGAUGUUGAUGUCCAGCCAACUUACAUACGAGUACUGGUGAAAGGAAAGCCAUUUCAGUUUGUGCUACCUGAGGAAGUGAAACCAGACAGCAGCUCUGCUAAAAGAUCACAAACAACUGGUCAUUUAGUUGUCACCAUGCCAAAGGCUAAAGAAAUAAUCCUGGCUAAGCAAAAAGUAUCAACUUCAAUUAAACAUUCUGACUGCAAUACACUGGAAAAAAAUGCAAGGAGCGGACAAGCUGAGAAAUUAGAAGUGGAUCCUAGUAAAUAUUCAUUCCCUGAUGUGACAAAGAUAAUCCAAGAAAAGGAACGAAUUGGACAAGGACCUAUCAGGCUACAACCAGAGAAGAUUACAGAGACUAAGAAGAGUUAUGUUGAUUUUGAAAACAAUGAAGAUGUUCCUCCCUUAAUUUGAAACAUUCUUAAAUAAUCCCUUUAUAUGUGGUGUGUAUGUUUGAGUUGUUUUCAUGACCCUAUGUGUAGAGUAGGUAUAAUAUAGCUGAAGUUGGAAUUAGUAUUACAUUUCUUUUUUACUAGAUUGUUUACUUAAGUAAGUCUCAAAUCAGAAUGGGAGCCAUAUAAGUCAGAUAUUGUCAUUUCUUCAAAGAAUAUACUGUCUAGCUUGAAAGAUGACAUAUUACUGUAGAAAAAGAGAGAAGGAAGAAAGCACUUGUAACAAGUUUUAUGAUUAUUCUCAAUAAACUGAAGAUAGCAAAAAUCUCUA